UUCGAAAAAACAGAAUUGAGUAUCCGCGUAAUAACAUACUUUUGCAAAGAUAAAACUUGAUGGUCGCUGCAACGGUUCCAAAACCGACAAUGUUUUUUUUUUUCGUUGCAGCAAAAAACACAGAAAGUGCCCGUCACUGUUGUCAUCGCGUGACGUUUCUUAGUCGCAAGGACACGUGUCAAAAAAGGUUCAAAAUUUGAAGACAAAUGUGCUCUCCGAAUGUGUCUGCUAUUGUGUUAUGCAGGAGGGUCACAUACAAUAAACACACCAGACUGCAUCAAUACAAUGAACCAUCUGUCUGGUUUCGGACAUUAAACAUGGCGGGUUACGUAAAUGGCGGGUCCCGGACAAAGAAACUGUUACUUAACAUGACAGGACUUCACGCCCCCAGAAUGACAAAGCAUCCACUCACCCAGACUGCAGGAGACCUAUAUAAGGCUGCAUGUGCAAAGUUGAAAGUGUGUCAAACCAAGGACUCCUAACAAGUACCAAAAUGCAGAAAGCGCUAGCCCUUUGUCUCGUGAUAGCCAUCGGUGGAGCGGCCGCAAAUCAAGCUGGGAUCCAUGAUCAGAACUGGGGGAAAGGUGGCAUCAUUGACCACCAUCAAGGAGGUGGCAUCAUCGACCACCACCAAGGAGGUGGCAUCAUCGACCACCACCAAGGAGGUGGCAUCAUUGAUCACCAUGGGUCCAAGGGAGGUGCCAUCGGAGUUGGUUCCUCACAGGUUGAUCUCAACAUGAACGUCGGAGUUAGCGGACACGUAAAUGCUGGAUUCAGUGGUGGACUCAUCGAUAACGGAAACGGAGGUCACCACGACUUUGGUCACGGGUUCGACCACCACGAUGGCGGAAUCAUUGGAGGUCAUGACCACGACCUGUCCGUCGGUGGUUUCGGUAUUAGAGGAGGAUUCGUCGAUAAUCUCGGAGGCGGUUCCAUCUCGGGGUCUUUCGACGAUGCCACCAUUAUCAAUAAUGGUGGUUCUUUCAACAACAUCGGCGGUAAUUUCGAUGACACCACCAUCAUCAACGGAGGCGGAAACAUCAACAGCAUCAACGGAAACUUCGACGACAGCACCAUCAUCAACGGAGGCGGAAACUUGGGCGCCAUCAGCGGAUCUUUCGACGACACCACCAUCAUCGGAAACCCUGGCAGCAUUUCCGGAAACUUUGACGAUACCACCAUCAUUGGCGGAGGAGCCGGUGGGCCCAUCGGAGGAAUCAAUGCUGGAGUCGGCGUUGGAGGAUCCUUCGGCGCUCAGGUCUCUGUUGGAGCUAGCGCUGGAGCCAGCGUAAGCGGCGGAAUCGGUAGUGGAAUCGGUGGAAAGAGCGGAGGAUAUGAUGGAUACAUGAAGGGAUACGGAAAGGGAUACGGAAAGAUGGGAGGUGGAUACUACCGCAGACCCAUGGUCAUCUACAGGCCUAAAUUCGGAGGCUACAAGAAGCGUUCUUACGGCAGAUACGGAAAACGCUCAUACAAGAACAUGAGACCAAUUCCCAUCAAGAAGAUCAGAUACAUGAGGCCAGUCUUCUUCAAAAAAUUCAGAGGUUACGGUUACUAAACCACAAGAAUGUGUCCCGAUGCCAUCACCAUAGUCUUCAAAAUGAAGUCUUUGUUAUUUAUUAUUUGUUAAUAAAAAUGUGUCUAACGUA